AUGUCUGAUCCCGCCAAGUCUGCAGAGAGUGUUCAGCAAAAAGAACGACCAGGUGGAAUAGCAGAAGUGAAGCCCAGCGUCACUGUUGACACUGUUCAUAAUGACGAGGCACUCAAGGUACUCGAAGGCUAUGCUGGUAACAUCGAGUGGACAGAGCAAGAAGAGAAGAAACUCAGAAGGAAAAUAGACUGGAGGUUAAUGCCAGUGCUAUGUAUGACAUAUGGGCUCCAAUACUACGACAAAGCCAUGCUGUCGCAGGCGGCUCUCUUCGGACUACGAACCGACUUGGAUUUGACAGUUGGUGAUCGAUACUCCAUGUCGGCUGCCAUCUUCUAUCUCGGAUUUAUCGUUGGUACCUAUCCAACCAUGGUCUUGGCCCAACGAUUUCCCAUUGAGCGAGUUGCCUCGGUCGUCGUCACUCUUUGGGGCCUCACCUUGCUACUUACGACUGUAUGCACAAACUAUCGUGGCCUCUACGCUCAACGAUUUUGUCUCGGGUUGUUGGAAAGCGGCAUCAGCCCAAUGUUCAUGCUCAUUGUUGGAAGCUGGUACAGAAAGAACGAGCAAGCGAUGCGAAUGGGUAUCUGGUACAGCUGCACAGGCUACGUUGCUAUAUUCUCCCCGCUGAUCAACUUUGGCUUCGGCAAGCUCAACGGCGGAGUCUCCUCAUGGCGAUACAUGUUCUACUUUGCUGGGUCGCUGACGAUUGUCUGGGGUCUUCUCCUGUACUUUGUCCUCCCUCCUGACCCCAUUAGAGCAAAAGGCUUCAACGACAGAGAAAAAUACAUCUUGGUUGCACGAUUGCGAAGCAACAACUCGGGCGUCCGUAAUACUCACUACAAGAUGGAGCAAGUUGGUGAGAUCGGUCUUGACAUCAAGUUUUGGCUGAUUUUUGCCAUUGCGUUCCUCUGCAUGAUUGCGAACGGACCCAUCUCGACAUUUGUUCCCAUCAUCAUCAACGGCUUCGGCUUCAGUACUCUCAACUCCCUUUUGCUCAGCAUACCGAUGGGUGCAUACGGGGGUACAAUACAACUCAUCAUGCCUUAUCUGGCAUACAAGUAUAAGAAUUGCCGAACGUGGAUUGUGUUUGGCGCACAGAUGGGAACCACUCUGGCCGCUCUGUUGUUGUGGCUAUUACCAAGGUCUGCCAAGGGGGCUCUCCUAUUUGCGGCCUACAUCUUACCGUCCGUCGGAGGCGGGUAUGCCGUUCUUAUGGGUCUGCAAAUCGCCAACACGUCAGGUUAUACUAAACGCUCCAUUGCUUCUUCCGGUCUCUACAUAGGGUAUUGCCUCGGCAACUUCGUCGGGCCGCUGGUCUUCCGGAAAGAAGAUGCUCCCAACUACGCCCCUGGCUUCAUUGUGGUUGUGAUUACGUCCCUAGCUGCGGGCGUUCUCGGCCUGGUAUAUCGAUACGUCUGCAUCUGGUAUAACAACAAGCGUGACAAAGCUGGGAUCAUGGAAGGCUAUGACCACGCCUAUGAAGACGAUUUGACCGAUAUGAAGAACCCACAGUUCAGAUAUAUUCUGUAG